UUUUAAUGCAUUCGUUCAAUAACUACUUACAUACUUACAAAGUAUUUUUUUAUGAAAUAUGAUUAAUUUAAUAAUAUUUAUUUUUUUAACUUUGGAAUUUAAGAAUUAUGUUGAUGCUGCAGCAUGGAUACUUCCUCCGCAAGAGAAACCUAAAAAAUAUGCUCAUUUAAAAGGAUGUUACGUACCAGAAUUAGACAAAGUGUUGCGAUACGACAAACCUUAUUCACCGUGCGAUGGAGAGUCAUGCAUACAAUACACAUGUAACACGGACGGCAAUACAUACUUUUACAGUUGUGGAGUAAUAAGUGAAGGAGAAGGUUGCAAGAUUAUUCCUGGCAACAAAUACUUACCUUACCCCAAAUGCUGUGAUUCAGUCGAGUGCAAGAAACGACCAGUACCUGUUGAUAUUCCUCCAAAUGAACUGCCAAUAGACAAACCCCCGGUUGAAAACCCUCCUGAAGAUACACCACAAAUUCAAAAUCCUCCUGUAGUCACUCCAGUAGAUGAAACCCCUACCGGCGAAACUCCACAAAUUGAAAACCCAACACACGUUGAAACUUUCGACAAUCCACAAGUUGGAAACGACCCAGAUCCAGAUAAAGAAUCCUCAGUCGAAGAACCUCCUGCCAAAAGACCCAUAGACCCUCCAAACUGCGACAAACCCCGUAGACCCAUAUGUCCCCGUGGAUUCGUCUGCAUAGAUGAUCCAGUUCAACCUGUAUGUAAAAGUUGACAGUGUUUUUU